AUGGGCGACGAGGAGGGCGGUUCGCUGGCGGAUCUGACACCAAAAGUCCGGGAGGACUUGGAGAACAUGCGGCGGUUGCUCCGGGCCAAGGAUAGGCGAAUCAAGCAGCUAGAGAGGACGAGGACGCGGCAGGAGAACGAAAAAGAAUCCUUACAGAAGCGCUACCAGGAGGAGGAGGAGCAGUGGCCAAUCCUGGACGAAUCCCAGCGGGCAAAAGAGCAGAAAUUGAGGGAGCAAUUGGAUCUUGAGAGGGCUGUACGGUCGAAGCUGGAGCAGGAUAUUGAGGCGGCCAGGGCCCAGCUGUUGGCCAAGGAGAAGGCGGAACAGGAGCUCAUUAAGGCGGCGUUUGAUUGGGAGUAUAAAUUCCGGCGCAUGAUCUGGCAGCUCAGAAGGCGAGAAACCGAAAGCGUCCUUGCGCCUUAUCCUCUAGUAGUUCGAUCGUUUCCGCCGCCUCGAGUCGCUUCAAGGAAGGGCCCGAUAUGUGUAGUGUUUGAGACUGUCGUGUGCCUGCACUGCCGUGCGACUGCCGGGCUAACUGGGAAUUUGGGGGGUUGGAAAAGCAAUGACAGGAGGCGACUGCCAUUAUUGCGGGAUACCGAUGUGGUGCAUGCCAAUCGUAGUGGGGGUGGGGGUGGGGGUGGGGCCAAAGGCAGUUAUGAGCUGACAGUUGUGGACCAUGUCAUGAGCGGCUUUAGUAUGCACGAAUGCCUCUGGCAAGCAACGAAUGCGGAGUAUGUUAACUGCUGUACUGCUGCAUGGCGCGAUAAUGAUCCCCCCUUGUACGUUAAUUUGCGUCCCCGUUUGCGAGUUGUGUCAACGAACUUUUGGAAGCAGGGCGACGGGCUAUGUUCGGUCUUAGUAAUCGGUUGGAUGAGAACAGGGUGUGGGCUCCUGCCGUUCGGCUUCAAGCGUUCGACACCCAGGUUUUUGAUGAGCGUCAACAGCGUGCUCUGGAGCCUCACGGCUCGUGAGGGCACCCGCCGCGUCGGCGGCGGAAAUACUGUAACCACAAUACAAUACAAUUAUUUGGGGGGCUCGUGCUCGUGCUCGUGCAAUGUAAGGUUUUACGUACAUACAGACAAUAAGACAUGCAUACCGUCCGCGACACCUGGCCCAGACGAGCAACACGAGGACCAUGUGCGCGUAAAGUACUUCAAGUGUCGACAAUGGAGUCGGCAAAUGGAGGGCCCUCCGACACCAGAAGUCCUCGUUUGCCAGGGUGGCGGCACCUCGUCUGGGCCAGGUGUCCGCGCGGGCGUGCAGAAGACAUACAUGUAUACGGCAGGCUUUGUGACUGUGGGGCGGUUGCAGAGGAGAUGCAUGUUUUUGUGGAAUGCCCGGCGUACGCAAGAACACAGGCUAAGUAUGAACGUGACCUCGCGUUUCCGAGGGCGGCGCGACAUGCGCACGAUGAUUAUGACCGAGGCCCCACCCCUGGCACUAGCCAGGUUCCUCUCGGAAGUCUAG